GUUUCGUGUUGUCUUGUGCUCAGCUCUCCUCUCUCUCUAGCUCGUCUCAAAAAUAUUGCUCUGGUUAAUGAAGAUUAUUCAAAGAAAUAUUAGAGGAGCGGCAUCAUCACAGACGUCACUCUAGAGCUUCUUCCCUUCCAAGUUGCGGGAGAGAGUGUGUGUAUUUCACGGCAUCAUAUCUCCCAUCUCUUUUUAUCUGUUUUGGCAUUCUCUAUCCCUUCUUUGAUUCUCUUCACCACCAACACUACUACUGCUACUCCACUAUCACCAAUUCACCACGCCUACAAAGCAAGGAGAAGUCAUGUGGCCUAGAUUAGUCGCCAAUAAGUUUCUCAGGAAGAGGAUUUGCAGCAACAACUUCGUUGCAGAUUUUCCAAGCAACUCCGGAGCGUUGCUGCAGAUUCCGACCCUUGACGAAGAGUCUCUCGUCUCUACGCCCAUCAUCGAUCAGAAGGAGAUACCCAAGUACAAGAUUUUUGUUAGUACUUGGAACGUCGGUGGGGUUGCGCCACCUGAAGGUUUGAAUAUCGAGGAUUGGCUGGACACAUGCAAGACCUCCUGUGACAUCUAUGUUUUAGGGUUUCAAGAAGUGGUGCCUCUUAAUGCAGCGAAUAUUCUAGGAUCUGAGAAUAGUAAGAUUGCCAUGAAAUGGAAUUCUUUGAUCAGAGAAGCUCUGAACAAGAGGGUAAGAAGUCGAGACAAGAAUGAAAUAGAUAAACAAGCUGGAGAAAUGCAAAAUGGAUUUCCUGUAAAAGAUGGAAAAUUGGUAAUUGAAAGCAGAGUUCCUCAAGACUUCAGGUGCAUCAUAAGCAAGCAAAUGGUGGGGAUACUGAUCUCAGUUUGGGUUCGAGGUAGUCUUCUUCCAUACAUACAGCACCCAAGUGUCUCCUGUGUAGGCUGCGGCAUCAUGGGCUGCCUAGGGAACAAGGGUUCAGUGUCUGUUAGAUUCCAGUUACAUGGAACAAGCUUCUGCUUUGUUUGCUGUCAUCUAGCUUCAGGGGGAAGAGUGGGGCAUGAGAGGCAUAGGAAUUCUAAUGCGGCAGAUAUACUAUCUCGAACAAGCUUUCCUAGAGGCCCUUCACUUGAUAUGCCGCAAAAGAUUCUAGACCAUGAUCGAGUGAUUCUGCUUGGAGACUUGAAUUAUAGGGUCUCCCUUCCGGAGGAAACGACGAGGUUACUUGUGGAUAAAAGAGAGUGGAGUACCCUGCUUGAGAAUGAUCAGCUAAUGAUGGAGGUGAUGGAUGGGCAAGUGCUUGGAGGUUGGCACGAAGGACCCAUCGAAUUUGCUCCUACUUACAAAUAUUAUCCGAAUUCCGACGUAUACUAUGGAGGCGGUCAAGGCCAAAAAGGCGAGAAGAGACGCGCUCCUGCCUGGUGCGAUAGAAUAAUUUGGUACGGGAAGGGGCUAAAGCAACAACUUUACACGAGAGGAGAGGUGAAGAUAUCGGAUCACCGACCAGUGAAGGCAAUUUUUACAGCCGAAGUUGGGGUAUUACUAACACUGAAAGAAUUCCAGACCUUCUUCCUGACGUCAGACAGGUUUGAACAAAUUGCUAGCCGGUUUGAUCCGAUCUCCACUGAUGAGUUUCUAUGCAGUGGCAGAUCAAGCUUCCAUAUUUGAGACUAAAUUUAUUUAAGAAUUAAAAAGAAAAAAAGAAAGGCAGCACGAGAAGCUUCUGUUUGUCUUGCUUGAAGUUGCUGAUGAGUGUACAGUGAUGUUGAUUUUCAUUUUCUCGUUGUUUUCCGCCAUAAAGGCUGUCUGUGUCACGCUUUCUUAUUCAAUGGAUCAUAUCAUUAUAAAAUUUAA